UUGAAAUCUUUGACACUCAAAAUUGAGCUCAGGUGCAUCCUCUUUCCACUGAUCAUCCUUUUACUGAGGGGUGGCUUCCGUGUGGUCACUCUACCAUAUAGGCCUGAUUGGUGGAGUGCUGCAGAGAUGGUUGUUUUUGGAAGGUUCAGAACGCAGAUGCAGCUAAGUAACAAAGAAAAAAGUGCACGCUACAGGCAGCGAAUUAACUCUGAUCCAAAUGCAAGAGCUGAGUAUCUUGCUAGAAGAAAAGAAAGCUAUCGAAGAAGAAAACAGUUGGGAAUGAUUAAAUGGGUCAAGUCCAGUGACCUGACAGAGACAGAGAGGAAGAAAAAGAGAGAGCAAUGGAGGGCCGCAACCAAAAAUUACAGGGAGAGAAAAAAGAUGGCCGAGAUUCUGUUAGACUUUGUACCUCUAUCUAUGGAAAGCACUUUACCAUUUCUGGAAAAUGCAGAUGCUAAUAGUGCAGCACAAGAGCGGCCAGUACAGGUCAAGCGUUUUCCUCUGAAGGUGGAAUUAAGCCCACUGUCAUGGUGUUCUCCAGACCAGAAUGAAAGCGGAGGAAGGAUACGUCCUUGAAUGAGUAAAAAAAAAAAUAAAUCCAAAUCAAGAAGAUGCAACUGGGAUACUGGAACAGUGAAUGGACUGUGCAUCACAUUGAUGUUUGAUGAUCUUCCAAAUUGUAAUCUUCCAAAGAUAAAAGAGGACAUUUAAUGCUUUACAGUUUAGUAUAAGGAACCUGUUUCUUUCACCACAAUGUGAUUACCAGUGUUGGGCAGUAACGCGUUACUGUAACGCAGUUACUUUUGACAGUAACCUAUACUGUAACGCUUUACUUUUUAAAUAAAGUAACUCUGUUACCAUAUGGUGCGUUGUCCGUUACUUUUUUUAAUGAAUUAAUUUAGGCUGAAGUGAAUUUAGGCUGAAGUGAAGCUUAUUUAUGCACUUACUCACACACCCAGACAGUAAA